AUGGCGGCCGAAGGGGACGAACAGCGCAUGGAGCUGGACCAGCAGGAAGAAAAGAACGAGCCACCAACCAGUAGCAGCAGCAGCAGCUCGGACGCUUCCGACAAUGAGGACACGGAAGAAGCACCACAGGUCGAAUGGCUUGCGACGAGCCGAUCCAAGCGUUCGACGGCCGGAAACCGCAUGAAGUCCAUGCUGGCUGCGGAGGAGCCUGACGACGAACUCGAACUACUCUUUGCCGAAGAUGCAGACGAUGCCGGUUUCGAGGAUGUCGACGAGGCUGAUUCGGAUGCGCAGAUGGACUCGUCGUCCGACGAUGAAGAUGCACAGGCACAAGGCGACGAGGAUGAGGGCGAAAAGGAACUGGAGAAACAGGCUCGCGAACGAAAGCUGGCAGCGCGCAAGCGCAAGGCCCAGGAAGCGAUUCCAGUAAAAUUCAGAAAGAAGGUCAGAGUCGACCCAACAGCCACGCCGGGCUCUUCCUCCACAGCCACGCCCGCGCCAAGGCCAAAGAAGAAGUCGGAGAGGGCGAGCUGGCUACCAACACCUGCGGACAUGCCUACAAGAGCUUCGAAGCGAGAGACCACCAUGUUGAGCAAGGAGGCGCUGCAUCAGCAAAUGGUCGAAAGGGAGGCAAAGCGCCUGAAGCUUAUGGAGGCUAUGGAGCGCAAGGCCAAGAGAAUGGAAGCAAUGAAGAAACCACCCAUGACGCAAGCCGAGCGGCUGGCAGAGGCGGCCAUUGUCGAGCAACGAAACUCGAAGAGUCUGAACCGCUGGGAAGAGGCCGAAAAGCAGCGCGAAGAAGAGCGCAAGGCAAAACUGGCAGCGCUCAACAAUAGGCAACUCAGUGGUCCAGUGGUGACUUUCUGGAGUGGCAUGGGCGAAUGGGUUGAUGGCAAGCUCAAAUACCUUGGAAAGACAGUCACAAUUGAGGAAAAGGAGAAGCCUGUCAAAAAACGUCCCUCUACAGCUGGGACAAAGGCCUCAGAUGAGUCUGGGAAAGGGGAAGAGAGUAAAAAGCAGGACUCCAACAAGAGCGAGCAAUCCAAGGAUCAGAGCGCAUCGACAGAGCAACCGCCUGCCACAGGAUCAUCUGCUCAAGGCGACAAGGAGAAAUCAGACGACGCAAUAAAAGAUACGGGAGCUUCAACUCGCAAGGACUCGCUAGCAGCGGAAACUCCAAAUGCGACGGUCGAUCCACCUUCAGCGAAACAAGAGAAUGCCCCAACAGAACCAAUUGCUCCCCAGAGAACAGAGACUCACCCUCAUGACUCUAAUCAUCCAAAACCUGGCCCAGAAGUCUCCGGAUCGACAAAUUUGGAACCUGAGCCAACAGAAACCCUAAUAUCGCAGCCAGUAGCUCCUGAGCCAAAAGCCCCGGAGUCUACCAUUGCUGAUACUGAUGAAAGCAAACCUUUGCAGGCACCACAAGCACCACAGACAACACAACCCUCUCAACCUCCUCAAGCAUCUCAGCCUCCCCAAGCAUUUCAACCGCCUGAAGCAUCUCUACCACCACAAGCGCCACAGGCAUCACAAGCACCACCACCACCACCACCACCACCAUCGAGACCUCCUGAAUUGGCGCCACCAAAUCUCCAGGCUCCCAAUCCAGCGCCUUACACCACGAGUAUUUUUGCACCUCCAAUGCAAUCACCAGGCCCAGUCAUGAAGCCUCCCGAGAUGAAACCACUAUCCAACAGCUUUCUGGCGCCUCCACCGGGUGUUACAAAGAGCGGCCUCUCCAUGCCCAUGGUCGGUUAUUCGCCCCCAGCUAGCCAGUCUUCAAAUGUGCUGGCAGCACCAAAUGCGGGUCAAAGGGCGUCGCCGCUGUCUAUGCCGCAGACGAACGCUCGCCCACCUCCACCGGCGCCCGUAUCCGCGCCGGCGCCGACGCCACCCCGAGUAGCACGACCUCCACACCCGGCACCACUACAGGCGCAACCGCAACCCCAACCGCAACAGCGCCCACAGUCCAAGGCAGGAGGAGGUCCCAGUUCCAAAGGACAAACAUCAGCACAUUCAUCAACUAAGCCCCCGGGAAGUCAGAAGGCAUCUCACAACAAUGCUUCCAAGAAAGCAAAAGAACCGGCGGGUGUGCCCGAUCUACCACCAACUCCUCGGCCACCACCUCCGCCAAAUAUGAAGGCAACUUGUAACUCUAUCAUCCUGCAAAACUUUGACGAAGAUGCCAUUGAGCAGAAAGGCGUACAGCAGCACAUCCUGUUUGGCAAAGAAAUGGCCAAACUCGCAAAGCCAGCACCGCCGCCAAAGUGCAUAGUUACAAACAAAACGGCGCGGUACAAGGAUCCCAAGACAGGUCUGCCAUAUUAUGAUUCGAGAGCCUACAAGGAAAUCCAGAAGCUGCAAAGCGGCGACUACAAAUGGAGUCGCUUGGUGGGUGCUUGGGUUGGUACUGCGUCAUUUGCCGCCCAAGGAGUUCCGGCUCGGUUUCUUGAUCCCGAUGCUCCAGCACCGCCGAAACCAUCACCACCGCCACCAGUCGUCAAGCAAGAGCCUGGUGUAGCAAUUCAGGACCAACCUGCCUCGACACCAGCACCAACGGUAGAACCAACACCGACGACGGCAGCACCAUCAUCGGCAGCACUGACUCCAGUAAAUAACGGGGCAUUGCCAGCCACGCCUAUUAAUAAUACUGUUCAAAGAGCUCAACCCGCAUCUCAUGCGCCACCGAUCACCAAUGCGCCUACAAAUCAAACCGCUGCACCAACCCCAAUAGCAGCUCCGCCAUCAACAGAAACAAAACCGGCAGAGAUCCCCCCUUCUGUGGCAGCACCGACUGCUCCAAACGCAUCUCCUCCAGCUUCACAUGGCGCAGUCGCGACGGUGCCUGCUAAUGCUGCACCUGUCGCCUAG